ACUCUAUUAUUUCCCUCUCACCUUUCCCCUAAAUUUGCUUGUAAAAUCACACUCCCACUUCUUCACUCUUCACUCUCAAAACCCCACUUCUCAUUUUUCCCUUUCAGAUGCCUCAUUCAAUAUGAAUACUAAAUCCCAUUUCAACCCCCUUUUCCACUUCUCCCUCCUUCUCCUCCUCUUCCUUACCGCCGUCCAUGGCAGCCUCUCCGACGCUGAAGUUCUCUUCAUCCGCCACCGCCAGCUUCUUUACUACAGAGACGAGUUCGGUGACCGUGGCGAACAAAUCACAGUCGAUCCAUCUCUUGUCUUCGAAAAUGACAGAAUUAGAAAUGCUUACAUUGCACUUCAAGCUUGGAAACUAGCCAUUUUAUCCGACCCUCUUAAUCAAACUGCCAAUUGGGUCGGAUCCAAUGUCUGCAGCUACUUCGGCGUUUUCUGUGCUCCCGCAUUGGACAACCCCAAAAUCCGUACCGUCGCCGGAGUCGAUCUCAAUCACGGCGACAUUGCCGGAUACCUCCCUGAAGAACUCGGUUUGCUUUCCGAUCUUUCAUUGUUCCACAUCAACUCUAACAGAUUCUGCGGUACUCUUCCCCACAGAUUUGACCGUCUCAAGUUGCUUUUUGAAUUGGAUCUCAGUAAUAACCGCUUCGCCGGCCAGUUUCCUGACGUCGUUCUCAAGCUUCCGAUGCUCAAGUUCUUGGAUCUGAGGUUUAAUGAAUUUGAAGGGAAUGUGCCAAGAGAGCUGUUCGACAAGGAUUUAGAUGCUAUUUUUAUUAACCAUAACAGGUUUAGAUUUGAACUGCCGGAUAAUUUUGGGAACUCGCCGGUGUCGGUGAUUGUGCUGGCGAACAAUAAGUUCCAUGGAUGUGUGCCUUCGAGCUUGGGGAAUAUGACGAGGCUGAAUGAGAUUAUUAUGAUGAAUAAUGGGCUUAGUUCUUGCUUGCCGCCGGAAAUUGGGGCGUUGAAGAAUUUGACGGUGUUUGAUGUUAGUUCUAAUAAGUUGGUGGGUCCGUUGCCGGAGACUUUUGGAGGGCUUGUGAGUUUGGAGCAACUUAAUGUGGCGAAUAAUUUUCUUUCUGGGAAGAUUCCGGAGAGUAUUUGUAAGUUGCCUAAGCUUCAGAACUUUACGUUCUCGAAUAACUUCUUCUCCGGUGAGCCACCGGCGUGUUCGAGGGUUCCGGAUUUUAGUGAUCGGAGGAAUUGUUUGGCUGGACGUCCGGUGCAGCGGCCGAAUGGGCAAUGUAGGGCGUUCUCGUCGAGACCUGUUGAUUGUAAUGCGUUUAAAUGUGGUGGUUCGACUUCUGGUUCGCCUUCUACUCCAUUUACUCCACCGGUGGUUUCUCCCUCUUCGCCUCCGUCACCGUCAGGGGUGGUGUCUCCUCCUUCGCCGUCUAUUUCUCCCAAUGCACCACCGGCGCCGCCACUCUCGCCCCAUUUUCCUCCUCUGUCACCACAAUCGCCACCGUCGCCGCCUUCUUCUCCAACUACACCGUCGCAGCCGUCGGCACCUCCUUCUCCAUCUACCCCUUCAACUCCUUCCUCGCCGCCGCAUUUUCCCUCUCCAUCGGCGCCGUCGCCUUCUUCUCCGCCCCAAGGUCAUACUCCGCCGGCAUUGUCUCCGCCGUCUCAGCCCUCACCAUCAUCACCACCCCACGGCCAUACUCCGCCGUCUCAGCCCUCACCAUCAUCACCACCCCACGGCCAUACUCCGCCGGGUCCACCUUCGUCGGAGCCCUCGCCACCAUCGCCGCCACAAGGUCACACUCCGCCGGCUCCUCCUUCGCCGUCCGAGCCGUCCCCUUCAUCCCCGCCACAAGGUCACACUCCGGCCAUUCCCCCUUCGCCAUCCGAGCCAUCACCUUCAUCACCGCCACAAGGCCGCAUUCCGCCGACGGAGCCUUCUCCUCCAGGAACAUCAUCACCAGCAGCACCACCAUUCCCAGUUUACACUCCGCCUCCGCCGCAGUUCCCUGAUUUCCCUUCGCCACCAUCUACACAACCUCCGGUCUACUGCCCACGGUCCCCAUAUCCACCAUCUCCUCCAUCUUACUCACCAAACCCUCCUCUCAAUCACCCCAAAUUCCCUUCGCCGCCAUCGCCGCAGCCACCUGUUCAUUCUCCCCCUCCCCCUGUUCAUACAAACCCGUCGCCGCUUCCUCUUCCUUGCAUACAACCUCCCCCACCUCCCCCACCAAAUGUUCAAUAUUCAGAACCGCCGCCCCCUCCACCAACACCGUCUUCUCCAAUUCACUAUUAUUCCCCACCACCGCCAGUCCAUUACCAAGCUCCUCCCUCACCUUCACCACCAGUCAGUGUGUAUCCACCGCCAUCCCCAACACCCCCACCUCCGGUGGUUUACGAAAGCCCGCCACCGCCAGUCAUCUACCAAAGCCCACCGCCGCCUCCAACUCCAGUAUACGGAGGCCCACUGCCACCAAUCUACGGAGUUCCGUACGCCUCUCCUCCGCCACCACCCUACUAUUAAUUAUUUCAUCUUUCCGGCCGACACUCACAUACAUUUUCUUGAAGUUAAUUUCUGGUCAAUUCUUGUCCCACCGGAUCUCCCUUUGGUCAAUUCUCAUCGUCCACGGAGAAAGAAUAAACAAAGGAAAAUUCCCUAAAACGUUGAAGAAACAGAGGAAAAGCAAAAAACAGAGCAAGGAAGUAAAAUCUUUUGCCUUCUAUAUUUCUUUUUACAUUGCCAUGGAUCUUCUUUUAGUCUCUGCAAUAAAAAAUAGUAGAAUUUGCAGGGGAAUUUUAAGCUUAUUAUGUUGUUUUCAGAGCGGAAAUGUAAUGUAUAGGGAUUGAACCUCCAUAAUUCAACAAAAGCUGCAGUUCUUUCUGCGGCUCUUUAGUUUU